AUGUCUGGAAGAAAGCGUGAUUCUUUGUGGGCUUAUUUUGAUAAACGUAUUAUUCCUGGAAAGACCGGAAGCCGUGCCAGAUGUCGUAAUUGUGGGAAGGACAUACAAGGUCUUGUAUCUCGGAUGAGGCAGCAUCAUUUAUUAUGUCGAAGUAAUAUUGAUAUCCCUGAAAAUAUGCCGAGACCUGAAAGCGAAUUUCCUCCAAGGAUGAAGGACCAUUCAUUAAUCAAUUUCGUAACUACGACGACUUCAUCUAAGAAAGAUUUGAUGGAUCUGCAACUCGCUAGAUACAUAUUUUCUACAAACACUCCGUUUGCUGCUGUAGAACAUCCCGAAUUUGUCAAAUUCGUCCAAAUGCUUCUUCCUGGGUAUCGUUUACCCUCUCGUCAUCAAAUUGGUGGUACAUUACUUGAUCAUGUGUACGACCAAAUACAUGAAGACUGUCGACAAAGACUCCAGGACAAAACAGUGUCUAUGAUGUUGGACGGAUGGAGCAACAUUCAUAAUGAACCCGUUAUUUGUGUCUCGGUUGUGACAUCAGAUGGGGAAAAUUAUCUCAUUGACACUGUGGACACUUCUGGAUAUAGCCACACUGCGGAAUAUCUUCAAUCUGUUGCUUUAGCCUCCGCACAAUUGGCUGAACAACGGUUUGGAUGUAAAAUCGGCAGUCUUGUAACGGAUAAUGCUGCCAACAUGACUAAAAUGAGACGGAUAAUGAUGGAAGAUGGCAAUGAAAUAAUUACUUAUGGUUGCUCGGCACAUUAUCUCAACCUUCUUGUGAAGGAUGUCGAGGUAGCGGACGUUAAAGGAACUAUUGUAACAAUCAAUAAAUAUUUCCGAAACGUCCAUCUUCCAGCUGCAUGGUACAAAUCUAAUGGAGGAAAAAAACUCGUUCUUCCGAUUGAUGUACGGUGGAACACUUUAUCAGACUGUUUUCAAUCUUAUCUGGAUAAUUGGUCUAUUAUUUUGAGAACUUGUGAGGAACACAGAACGGAUAUUGAUACAGAGAUUUUUUCCAAGGUCCAAAAUAUUUCCCUAAAACGACGCGUUGAAGAAUAUCUGAUGCUUAUUAAACCAAUUGCUGUCGCUUUAGAUAAAAUUCAGAAUGAUUCUACCACGAUUAGUCAUGCUGUAGAAAUUUGGAAAGAACUUGAACAGACAUAUAUUGACAAUGGAUGUACGAAUAUUUUAGGAAAAGUGAGAAUUCGAGCAAAACAAGCAUUAACACCUUUCCACUUACUUGCGAAUUUGAUCGACCCGACAUGUAGUGGGAAAUCUCUUUCAAAUGUUGAGAUUGACAUUGCAUUGAGUUAUUGUGCUCAAAAUUAUGAAUAUGCACUUCCGACUCUGAUUAAUUUCAGAGCAAAAGCUGAUCCAUUUAAACAAUACAUGUUUGCUCCGAAUUUAUUGAGUAAAGUAUCACCUAUAGCUUGGUGGGAGUCGAAUUCAUACCAGUUACCUUCACAAGUAAUUUCACUAUGCAAAAAAAUUCUUGGAGCAGUUGCUUCGACAGGUGGAAUAGAAAGAAUCUUUUCAACAUUCGGAUUUCUACAUUCAAAUGUACGCAAUAGGCUGGGGAUCGAAAAAGCAGUCAAACUUGUUUCCAUUUACAAGCUUUUAAAUAAAUAA